AUGAGGUGUAUCAAGAGACAUACGAUCUCAAAACGUCUCGACGCUGAGUUAUUAAACGCUAAGUUGCUAGAUCCCAUUCCAAGCAAAUAUCAGGAUACCGCACGCAAACUACUCAAGGCAGGAGCCGAUGUCGACACUGUCGACACGUGCAACGAGGAAAUUGGCUGGUAUCUUCACCACAAAGCUUUCCAAACCGAUUCUUCGUCACCCAACGACAGCACUUAUCCGGGGCCAAAUAGUAAAGACGAUUUGGGUGAUGACCCAUUCUGUCCUCAGUUUGGGAUUGGUAUUACACCGCUGCAGAUUGCGAUACUGUUAGGCAACCAGACCUUGGUAAACCUACUGCUAGAGAACAAGGCCAACGUACAUCCAGCCCAUGGGUAUAGCCCUCUGGUAACCGCUUCAUGGCUUGGGUUUCGAGACAUAGUUACUCUUCUUCUCAAUAACAGAGCCGAUGUCAACGUCGGUGAUGAUAACGUUGGAAUGCCACUCCAAGCCGCGGCAGCAAAAGGCCACACUGAAAUCGUCCAGCUGCUAUUGGAUAACAGGGCAGAUAUUAACGAAACAAGUGACCCCUACGAAACCGCCCUCACUGCGGCCUCCUGGCACAACCACAUUGACAUUGUGGAAUUGCUUCUAGCUAAUUCAGCCAGCGUGAACUUCCGAUACGGAGUAAGUGACGAUUUCCGGAGUCCGCUCGCCGCCGCCGCAGAAAGAGGAAACUUGCAAGUUGUCCAGUUGCUACUGGCAAAAAAAGCGAAUGAUUAUGUGGAAAAACGUACUCAUGACAGCGCUAUAUGGCUUGCAUGUAUGAGUAGGACGGAUCUUAGGGAGCCUAUCCUCCGCACGCUUUUUAAAGGAGUCAUCAAUACUAAUGUUGAUUGGAGCGAGUUGUAUGAAGCAAUCACUGUGGCUGUACAGUUAGGUAAAGGCUAUAAGUCAUAA